CCACGGUGACCGCCGUGCUGAUAGAAGCCCGCCAGGUCGAAGAGGGUGGGUGCGUGUGUGCGUGUGUGUGUGUGUGUGUGUGUGUGGGCGCCAGGUUGAGCGUGACUCGGGAUUUAAGACACCAAGGCAAACCUGUUGCUGGACUCUAGGGUCUCCUCGGGAUGCAACAUGGAAUCGACUCCCCCCUCAGUCUCCCACCUCGCCUCCCCCUUGCGCGGUCAUGGGUUGGAGCGUUUCCCAUCCGCGGCGUGCUCCUUGGCCACGCGCCUCGCCGAGGGACACCAUCUUCUUUUCUGGAGCGUUUCUCUGCGCACGGCAUCCCGUAAGCACGUUUGACGCCCGUCUUGGUGGUAUCCGUACCAUCAACGGGCCUAAGACACAUGCACGAUGCAAGGCUGGCUGCCUUGGUCGUCCUUGGAGGUCCUUGGAGGUCCUUGGAGGUGUUGCCUACUCCGCCAUCGUAUCAAGCUAAUCCCUUGUCCUUGCCUUUCAUGGUGUUCCCUACCAACGGGUCGUGUCCGGCCCUCCACGGUCCGCCCUCGUAAACCAGAGCUUAGCCCGUCUAGCCGCCCGUCUAUCCGCCUCAUCCGACGGGUUCAUAUCUCUAGGUGGGUGAUGUGUUGCGCCCGCGCGGGAGAGGAAGACGGUAGGAAGACGGUACGGUACGGAGGAAGUACGGGAGGCAGUUCAGCUGCCCUGCCAUGCGAGCCAGCCUCGGGGGCCUGGAACAUCCAGCCUCGUCUCAGUCUCCCCUCGACGCCUCUCGACGCCCCAAGGCUCCGGGUCGCGGGCCCGGGUCUGGGUCUCCCCACGUUGAUGGCGCCCGGCCGGAGGUAAGCCUCCCUCCAUCCCAUUCCCAUUCCCAUCCCCAUUCCGGUGUGACCUCUCACGUCUCACGACGCUGCCGCAACUGGAUCAAGGUCGUCCGGGGGGGCCAAGGCCGUGCAGAAUCGCAGUGCCGCAGACGGUACGCACUGAACCUUGGGAGGCUGCCAAUCAUGUGGCCCCUCCAGCUGGUGCAUGCCACCCCAGGCAACGCAAGGCGCCGCAAGGCCAGGCCUCCAGUUGGUCGGAUAGUGGACGAUAGCACCUACAGACUCGUUCACGACCACACCACCCCCUACCCAGCAAGCUCCCUGUCGCUAGUGCCGCCCUCC